GUAGCAAGUCUUUUGAAGACAUCAUCUGUGUCUAUAAGGACAAAAUUGCUACAUCAAAUGGGAUUGUCGCUUUAUAAUACACCUCAUGGCUUCCAUGAGGAAGAAGUAAAAAAAACAAACCUUCAGCAGUUUCCUGGUGGAUCCGUUGACCUUCAGAAGGAAGACAAUGGCAUUGGCAUUCUUACUCUGAACAGUCCAAGUAAAAGGAAUGCCUUCUCAGGUGUUAUGAUGCUACAACUUUUGGAAAAAGGGAUUGAAUUGGAAAAUUGGACAGAGGGGAAAGGCCUCAUUGUUCAUGGGGCAAAAAAUACAUUCUCCUCAGGAUCUGAUCUGAAUGCUGUGAAAGCACUAGGAACUCCAGAGGAUGGAGUGGCCUUAUGUAUGUUCAUGCAAAACACCUUAACAAGAUUGAUGAGACUUCCUUUAAUAAGUGUUGCUCUGGUUCAAGGCUGGGCAUUGGGUGGAGGAGCAGAAUUUAUUACAGCAUGUGAUUUUAGAUUAAUGACUAGAGAAGGUGAGAUCAGAUUUGUUCACAAGAAGAUGGGUUUAGAACCAAGCUGGGGUGGUGCUACCCGGCUGGCUGAAAUUAUUGGCAGUAGACAAGCUCUCAAAGUGUUAAGUGGGGCCCUCAAACUGGAUUCAGAACUAGCUUUAAACCUAGGAAUGGUCGAUGAGGUCUUGAAGUCUUCAGAUGAAACUGAAUGUCUCAAAGAGGCACAAGAGUGGCUAAAGCAGUUUACUGAAGGGCCACUGGAAGUAAUUAGAGCUUUGAAAAAAAUCAAUUUCUUCAGGCAAAGAGCUUUGUUUCCAGGAGGCAUUACAGACGGAAAGAGAUCUUGUAGGAACACUUUGGGGUGGACCUGCAAAUUUGGAGGCUAUUGCUAGCAAAGGUAAAUUUUGUAAAUAGUUGUUUUUAAGUAUGAUGUACUACAACUCCAGUGAUUAAUAUAUAGAAAAGUUAAAUAUUAAACAUGUCAGAA